UUUUGGUGUUUUUUCCAGAACUGUCCACUCUAGCUUGCUGAUUUGCUGUAUGUGGUUAUAAAACUCGUCGUAUUCGCGCCUGAAUUUUCGCAAUAACUGGUAAAUAUAUAAUUAUUGAGGGUAAUAAACUUUUUUCCCCUCGCCGUCUCUGAAAAUAAUCACAUGCGAUGUCUGGUCAUGGUCAUGGGCAUGGACACGGUCACGGCUGCUGUGAACACGAACAUGAGCCCGCUGAACGGGGCCUGGAAUACGGACUGUACAGGCGCAUCGAUUUAGAGAAGCUUCAGUGCCUGAAUGAAAGCCGAGAAGGUGACGGGAAGCUGGUGUUCAAGCCUUGGGAUCAAAGAAGAGAUCGUGAAAAGUGUGUGGAGAGCGAUGCUGAUGAGGAGCUUCUGUUCAAUAUCCCGUUUACCGGAAGUGUGAAACUGAAGGGGAUUAUAAUCUCUGGGGAGAACGAUGAGUCCCACCCAGCUGAAAUGAGACUAUACAAGAAUAUACCCCAUAUGUCAUUUGAUGAUACAAGCCGAGAGCCAGAACAAGCAUUUCGUCUUAACAAGGAUCCGUCAGCUGAACUUGAGUAUCCAACUAAGAUCACCCGAUUUUCUAACGUGCAGCACCUGUCUGUUCAUAUUCCUCGAAACUUUGGAGGAGAUUCCACUUGUAUCUACUACAUUGGGCUUCGGGGAGAGUACACUGAGGCUCAUAGACAUGAAGUGACGAUCUGCAACUAUGAAGCAGCAGCAAAUCCAGCAGAUCACAAAGUUGAAAAUAUUACUCCACAAACACAAUUUAUAUCGUGAUAUCAGAUUGAGCUUCCUGUGUGAAAAAAAGGUCUAAAUGGUUUUUCACUUUAGAGAUGCAAGAGAUGUUGAUUAUGGAGACUUGUUCAGAUGAAAAAAUGUGCCAAUAAAUGUUCAGUUAAAAACA